AGAAAAUCUCAUGAUACGGGACUGAUUGAUGUCUCCCUCAUUCUUCUGAUUCUACGCGCAGAAAGGAACCAACAUGGCGGACACUGCUCCAGCCGCUCGUGGUGGUUUUCGUGGAGGUUUUGGCUCUCGUGGAGGUGACCGUGGAGGUCUGAGAGGCCGAGGUCGUGGUAGAGGCAGAGGACGUGGCCGUGGACGUGGGAAGGAAGACAGCAAAGAAUGGGUCCCUGUUACCAAACUGGGUCGCUUGGUUAGAGAUGGCAAAAUCCAGUCUUUAGAGCAUAUUUACCUGUUCUCUUUACCCAUUAAGGAGUUUGAAAUUAUUGACAAAUUUCUUGGGCCAGAUUUAAAGGACGAGGUCUUGAAGAUCAUGCCGGUACAGAAACAGACGAGAGCAGGUCAACGCACGCGUUUUAAGGCUUUUGUCGCAAUUGGGGACAGCAAUGGACAUAUCGGACUGGGAGUAAAAUGUUCCAAGGAGGUAGCUACCGCCAUUCGAGGUGCUAUCGUUCUGGCCAAACUCUCCGUUGUACCAGUUCGACGUGGUUACUGGGGCAACAAGAUCGGUAAGCCGCACACAGUGCCGUGCAAGGUGACUGGGAAAUGCGGUUCCGUACAAGUGCGCCUGAUACCAGCGCCUAGGGGUACCGGCAUCGUAUCUGCUCCAGUUCCCAAGAAACUACUUCAGAUGGCUGGUAUCGAAGAUUGCUACACCUCGGCUAGGGGUUCCACCUGUACACUCGGCAAUUUCGCCAAGGCUACGUACGCCGCAAUCGCCAAAACCUAUGCUUAUUUGACGCCCGACUUGUGGAAGGAACAAGCUCUUGCAAAGGCGCCGUAUCAGGAAUUUGCCGAGUAUUUGUCUAAGACUCACAAAGGAGGCGCGAGGGCAGCUGAAGUUGUCUAAAUAAACGUCCAGCCAUCAUGGAAAUUUUAAAAACAAA